AGGGUGAGAACUCCGCCAACGCACGAGGACACUGCGGAUGGGAAGCCACGAGGCUUUUUCACAGACAUGGUACCACCUGGGGAAGACAGUGAUACCUGGGACGCUGCUCAACCGGCCAGAUCUACAAGCAUUAAACGAAACCAAACGAGAUGUGACGAUAGUCUCCCGAAAAGACCCAAAGAGUGGUGGGAAGCGAAGCAACGAACACAACCCAAGCGGAGACUAACAGGACCUCGCAAUUUCGAAUUUGAUCUCCCGGAGCACCUACCCAGCAGUCCAAUGUGUCCGGCGAACCCUAAACACUUGUCAGGUGGUAUUGGUGUUUGUGUUUAUCAUGGAAGAGGGAGAAAAGAGUCUACACUCAAGUUGGAGCAUAAAAUGAGUGACAGACGCCAAGGAUCAGAAGUGUCAAUCACUUCGGAGACCGAUGAGAGAUCAACGUGGGACUGAUGCCGGCUUAGGCUUCGUUCAUGACCUAGAUGAAAUCAAAUUAACGUAUUCUUGCAGUCCUAUUAUAUCUCUUGAGCGCCACUCGAAGUAAUUGAUCCCCCAAUUCAAUAAUAUCUAGG